AUAGGACGCCAAACGGCUAAACACACCAGUCGGAGACGCGCUCCAGGCACCAUACCAUACUGACCAUACUACAAUAGAUGAUCAGUGAUCUACGCUCUCUAGCUCGUCUGAAAGAAUCAAACGUAAAGUUUUUGCGAGUUUUGUAGGAAGAAACUGUCAACUCGCCUUUUGUGUGCGCUGUAUUUGUCCUGUUGUAGCGUAUUUUGAUUCGAGGAAUCUCGAGAUCCACUCGAUCGAGCCCCAUGACGGACUAGACUCGUCCGGUUCACCGGCAGUUGGAACGCCAAGCCUGCCCGAGCGAGCUGCGACGAUAUGAGUUUCGGCGGCAGCACAUCGCAGGAGGAGUCCAUCCCCAAGUUCAAGUCCUUCGUGUCCGAAGCAGAGCUCGAAGAGAAACGGAAAAAGAGGCAAGAAGAGUGGGACAGAGUACGAACGGCCGAAGAUCCCGUGGAGGCCCCCGAGGAAGAGUACGACCCGAGGUCCUUGUUCGAAAGACUCGAAGAGCAGCGACUCAAGAAGCAGGCCGACUAUGAGGAAGCGCAUAAGCUCAAAAACAUGAUCCGCGGCCUCGACGACGACGAGGUCACCUUCCUCGAGUAUGUGGACGUGCAGAAGCAGAAGGCGGAGUCCCAGCGGCUCAAGGAGGACAUGCAGGAACUCGAGGAGUACAGGAAGGCGGUAGCCAGCUUGUCCGAGGAAGCCAUGGAGGCCAAGCGUCUAGAGAUGAAGAAGGCUGCCGCGGCACAGGGAGUUUCGACGGGCAGAAGGAGCCAGCUCGCCCUGCUCUCCGCCGCCGUCAAGAGGAAAAGUGCCGACUCAUCGAGCGACCCUUCCAAGAAGCAACACACCAACGGUUCUGGCCAGGCUCCAUGCAACGGGGGCAAGGCCCUCGGGGAUCCCUGCGGUGGUGACGCGCCGGCACAGCAGACGGUCGUUCAUGCGCCCACGGCCCUGAGCUGCCUCGGGGUCCUGCCGGGGCUGGGCGUGUACACAGACAGCAGCGACUCCGAGAACUCGUCGUUCAGCGACGACACGGACUUGGACCUGGACCUGAUCGGACGGAGACGAGUCCAGCACGAGGUGGACCACUCUCCGAAGCCCAACUGAGAACCUCGGUAGGGGAAGGCACCACUCCCAUUUCCAUUGCGUCCCUCGGACAAUGAGCGAAAGUGGAGAAGCGUUUGCAUGGGUCUUUGAAAACCUCGCGACGGGAAAUCGACAUCUCUGGGGCCUAGAAGAUCCUCGAGCGUCGAGAAGACGAGUGUUUUUGGCAUCCGUAUCGUCCAAAUAAACAACCGGUAUGGUUCGUUGGAGAAGCUCUCCUCCGAAUUUGGCGGUUCUUGCCUAGGUGCA